GUCUGUUCCCCACAGGUGGGACCCCAGCGCUGCUCUUCCGUGGUCUCGAGCGUUUACGCGCUGUAGACUGAGUUCUUGGCCAGCCGGGCGGCUUUCGGCCCCGCCACGUCUGAAAACAGCCUUUGCUGAGAGGUAACCCAAGAUUUCAUUUUCAAGAUGGAAAGCCCAUCAGACUCAGCGGUGAUUGCACCUAGCACCCCACAGGCCUGUGUGAAUCCGCCAUCUUCCCUUGCAAGGAGCUCAGGAAAACAACCUAUGAGUGCAACACUUAGAGAAAGACUAAGGAAAACAAGAUUUUCAUUUAAUUCCUGUUACAGUGUGGUAAAACGUCUUAAAGUGGACGAUGAAGAAAAUGAUCAGAACUUGUCAGAGAAGCCACCCUCUGCCACAGAAGAAAACUGUUUGGAAUUUCAAGAAAGUUUUAAACGCAUAGACAGUGAACUUGAAGAAAGUACGCAUUUGAAAAAUACACUCAAGAACGUCAGUGCAUGUGAAGCUACCUCACUUGAUACAAGGCCAUGCAGUGUUCUCCAAAAUGACUUCGUGAAGGAGAAUCUUCCUAUACAAGGAUUGAAGGAAGAAAGAGCAAAAUUGGUGAAGCAGGUUCAGGAAAAAGAGGGCCUUCUUCGGAGGCUAAAAUUAGUCAAAAUGUAUAGAUCGCAGAAUGACCUGUCUCAAUUACAGUCAUUAAUAAAGAAGUGGAGAAACUGUAGCCAGUUGUUGCUUUAUGAACUGCACUCGGCUAUGUCUGAAGAAAACAAGAAGUUGAGCCUCACUCAACUGGUGGACCACUAUGGGUUAGAUGACAAGUUGAUACACUAUAACAGAAGUGAAGAAGAAUUCAUAGAUGCUUAA